AUGAAAAGACAGCCGCCGAACCGCGAUGCUUCACUGUCGGAUCUGCUUUACUUCGAGCGGCCUUUACUGAGGCCUAUCAAGUUUGUCCAGGCUACACAUACGCCGUUCCUCUUCCAAGAAUCAGAGGAGAUCUUUCAGUCGCCUUCAACGGGUAAUAGUAUGACAGUACAGUCUGACGUGCCAACUGCCGAGCGCGUUGCUUGUAUAUUCAACAAUACCCAACCAUUCUCACCAGCAGCCGAGACAAUUCCAGAAGGCGAGACAUCUGAUGUACUAGAGGAAAUUGAUUUCGCGGACCUCGGCUCGUUCCGCGCACAAGUUGACGCUAUGGAGCAUGCGGCUCAAAGGAAGACGAAGCCGGACCUCGGGAAUACAGUUAUCGAAGAAACUUUCACUGGCGUGUACAAGAAAGAGCAGCUGCGUGAUGCACAGGAGAAACGUGGGGCCAAGGAAACAGAGCAGAGAACAAAGAUCGGUGAAGAAAAAUCUGCCUUGGUUGCUGCUGGCGAUACUACGCUUCGGACAUUGGAGCAGUCUAUCGAGACUCUUCAAGUGAGGGAGCACCGCGCUGGGGCGCUCCAUAGUAAACCUUCAGAAAGUGCAGCGAUCAAACCGACACUUCCAAAACCGAACAAUGCUCUCGCUGAUGUGGAGCUAGAAGACAGUUUGUCUACUGGCAAUAUAGCUGGUAAAUCGGGCGACAUACUCGAACAAACGGCAGCUGCCGCGGACACGGAACAUAUUGAUGGUGACCAUGGAUCUGGCACCCCAUCUAAUGACCCAGAAGAAAUUGAUUUCGCGGAUCUUGGCGCGUUCCGUGCACAAGUUGACUCUGUGCAGCAUUCAGUCGAAAGGAAGACGGAGCCGCCAGACCCUGGGAACGCAGUCGUAGAAGAAACGUUCACUGGUAACAGAGAAGAAGGACCGGGGAAGGGGAAGUCUACCGCGGUUGCCGCCAACGGCACUACCCUUCGGACAUUGGAGCAGUCUAUUGAGACUCUUCAAGUGAGAGAGAAUCCGCGACAUUGGAGCAGUUCCUUGCCGAACAACUCCAACUCUCACAUGGAGCUAGAAGCCAAUCAAUCUACUAACAACACGGCUGCUGAUUCACACUACGUAUUCGAACAAAGGGCAGCUACAGGCACAGAAUUCGAUGGCGGUGACCAUGGGUUUUUUAUCGACACCCAACCCACCCAACCAUUUGCGGGCGGUUCUGCAAGCGAUGCCGUUCUCGCUGAUAGCCGACGAGAUGAGAUACUGGGUGAAGAAGAGGAAAAAAUCGUCUACGUUGCACCCUAUCCACGUUCGGGGCGUAUACAACCUACACAUGAUACCACACCUCGCGUCACGUUGCCCACUUGCUCUCUACUCACCGGCACUUCAGAGACAUGGAGUGCCAGCAAGGAGCAAAAGGACACAUCUGUGAUCGUUGGGGACACUGUGUCUUCAAACUCACAAUCACUGUCACUGCAUUCGAUGUCUCUCGACUUUCAACGAAUGGAAUCCUCUGCACAACCGCGCCACCCCGCAGCGUUCACGCCUUCUCAGAAGAAGAAAGAAAAACUUCGUUUAAAGUCGAAAGCGUCACGUGUCGCGCGACGCCGCCACGCCCGUAUGCAGUUUCGCACAGAUCAGAAAUGGGAGACAAGAAGAAAAGAUGAUUCGGAUAUUGAUUGGGGAGACGAUAUUGACAAUAUGGAGAAAUCUGGUAUGAGAACUGGCGUAGGGGCAUUGGUUGCAGACGACGGGGAUGAUCUAUCCAACAGUGAAGGAGGAAUGGAUCUCGAUCCAGACGUGGGCUCGGAUAUGAACGCGAUGUUGCGCUUCGUGGAUGACCAGAAGCAGAUGAUUGAGGAAGACCAAGCCAAGGCUAGCGCUCAUACUGCGGAGGAUUCGAGCGAUGAAGACGAGGAUGAAAGUGAGGAGGACGAAGAAGAAGAAGCUGUUCUGCAGCUGGAAGAGCAGUUCAUGAUUGCGGAAUCCGAAGGAGAGGGUCUUGAGCUUCACAGUGAUGAUGAGGAUGCAUUGACAGACGAAGAACCAAGAUUCAAGAACAACAGGAGAGCGAUGCACUCUGGAGACGGUGUUGAUAUCUCAUCCUCCAAGCGGCGCAUGAAAGCCAAAGAUAAAGCGGACUAUCUGCCUGAAGAGCUACAAGCCCAGUGGGAGCGCGAUCGCGCCAAGAAAGCUGAAAACAAACGCCUUCGGAAGGAGGCCAGGAUGCUUGCGUCCCUGGAUCCUUUAGCCCCGAAAAAGGGGGGAAAGAAAGCACGUAAACUCAUGAUGGCCGCACUCAAACAGAUGGAUCAUCUCUGCAUUGAGCUCGAUGACAUGUCGAGCAUCGAGGCUACCAUGAGAAGGUUCGCCGCGAACAUCGACGGAAGGCGAAGUAUGCCGCUCCUUCCGAUGAAGAAGAAUAUGAGGAAGAUUGUACACGAACUUGCCACUGCAUUUAAUCUAAAGAGUUCCAGUAAGGGCCACGGAGAGGGGCGCUAUGUGACACUGGUGAAGACGAACCGCACGGGUACUAUCAACGAGGGAAAGGUCAAGGCUAUCGUGAAGAGAGCUACUCGUGGUUCAAUGGAAGUAUCACAGAAGAAAGGUAGGGUUUACGCAUCAAGUCACCGCGAGGGAGAAGAAGUCGGGAAGGAAGCACCCGCUAUCGGCAAAAGUAAUGUUGGGUUUAAGAUGUUGUCCUCGAUGGGAUGGUCGGAAGGAGUCAAAAUCGGAGGAGACACAUCUGUUGGCAUCGAGGUACCACUCACAGUUGUUAUCAAGAAGUCUAGACUUGGACUCGGGGCUACCCGGACGUAG